AUGUCGAAUUCUACUAAAACGCGCGAUUCCGCUCUCAAUGCCAUUAAACGGUAUAUGGCAAAAAGUAUUGAUGAGGCACUCACUAUGGAUGCAGAAAAUAUUGCAAGCUACCUUCAGUUAUUGAGUGAACAGUGGGUUCGUUUUAACAUUGCUCAAGACGCUGUAGAAAUUACGUGUGGUGCCGAUGUUAUUGAAAUUGAAGAAAAUGUGCGUAUCCAAGCCGAAACUUGGUACUCUACAGCUUCAGCUAACUUUAGCCGCGUGAAAAAUUGUCGUACUAAAUCGCAAGAUAGCUCCACAAAGGCAUCUGUGUCCGCGGUUAUACGUUUACCGAAAAUGGAGUUGCCCACAUUCUCCGGUGACUCUACAGAAUGGAUUGGUUUUUUCGACGCGUUUUCCUCGUUAGUUGAUAGUAACUCUACUUUAUCAGAUGGACAAAAGUUGCACUAUCUCCGAAGCUGCUUGAAAGGUGACGCGUUGAAAAUUAUCAGUGGUUUUAAAAUAUGUGACGCAAAUUACGUUGAAGCUUGGGGUCUAUUGACAUCGCGGUAUAAGGUUAUUCGUGUAAUUGUGGAAUCUCAUCUUCGCGCGUUGGCUGGAAUUAAAAGGGCUACGCAUGACAAUGCUGACGCAAUCAAGGGUGUAAUUGAUGCGUUCCAACAGCAUAUUCGCGAGCUUAAAGCGUUGGGUCGUCCGAUUGAUUUUUGGGAUGAUUGGUUGGUACAUGAGGUCGUCAGUAAGUUGGCAUUCGAAACGCGUAAGCAGUGGGAGUUAUCGCUCGUUAGUGAUGAUCCUCCAUCUUUUGAGCAACUAAUAACAUUUUUAGAGAUAAGAUGCCGAUCGUUAUCUAUGUUUACGUCGUCAACAACAUCAGUACCAAUUAAGGUUAAAACUGCAUCAGCAAGCAAGUCGACAAAUGUAUUCCACGCGGUAUCAAAACAAAGUAACGUGUGUGCAUAUUGUAGUGGACCUCAUAAAAUUUACAGUUGUGAAAAAUUUCGUGAAUUGGACUUGUCUACAAAAUCACAGUUCGUGAAGCAAGGUCACAUAUGCUUCAACUGCUUAAGUUCAGGUCACUAUAAAGACCGUUGUAACAGUGCUUCCACUUGCCGCAUGUGUAAACAACGUCAUCACACUCUGCUGCACGGUGCCUUGCAGUCAACGACCGUUACCGCAGUGAACAAUUACGCGACGCAUUCGUUAUGCGCUGCUGACGCCACAUCAAAGGUAAGCGCAAAAACUUGUGAACUUCCAGCAAACGUCGACGUUCCACGCGUUUCUUCGUGCUUGAACUCGAGCUCCAAUCCACCCAUAGCUGUAGAAAGAGUUGUGCUGUUAUCCACCGCAUUAGUGAAGGUACGCGACUGUUCUGGUAAUUGGCAGCCCGCACGUGCACUUUUCGAUUCUGGAUCACAUGCUUCCUUUGUAACCGAAGCGUGUGUGCAACGCUUAGGCCUGCCGCGAUCAACAUCUGAAGUUAACAUUACUGGAAUUGGGUCAGCGCAAGGAGGACGAGCUAGAGGUGAAGUAUCACUUUCUCUUUCUUCUUUCUCUACAAAUCAAUGCUUUACUGUCAAAACGUUAAUUCUGUCCAAAAUUACAAGCGACUUGCCAACACAGACUAUAGCUACUUCAUCGUGGCCACAUAUCCGAGGUUUGUUUUUAGCCGAUCCCCAUUUUAUGAAGCCUGGACGGGUCGAUAUAUUGAUUGGGAUGGACGUUAUGGAUCAACUGAUCUGUACAGAACUUCGUAAGGGUCCAUCUGGAGCUCCUAUGGCUCAACUGACGGUCUUUGGGUGGACUCUGUUUGGAAGUGUGAAUGGAUCUGAGCCUGAUAUGCCACGCUUACAGUCGUUACAUUGCGAUGUUCAUUUGGAUCGAGCAUUGAACAAGUUAUGGGAGUUAGAGGAAGCUCCGCAAAAAACGUAUCUUACGCAUGAGGAGCGUUACUGUGAAGACCAUUUUGAAACAACGCAUCGAAGGGAACCUAACGGACGGUUUGUCGUCGAAUUGCCGCUGAAGCCCGAUGUAGCUCUGGGAGAGUCGCGAAACUUUGCUAUCCGGAAUUUGUUACGACUUGAAAGAAGACUCGCUUGUGACUCCGAUCUUCGUUUACGCUACAAUGAAUUCAUGAAUGAACUCAUUGACAUGAAACAUAUGCAGGUCACGUCAGAGACUAUGAAUCCAACGUAUUAUAUGCCUCAUCAUCCUGUUUUAAAAGAAAAUAGUACCACGACCAAAUUGAGGGUUGUAUUUAACGCGUCCGCAAAAUCGACUUCCGGGAAUUCGCUGAAUGACGCAUUAUUUAUAGGACCUCAAUUGCAGGAAGAUUUAUACUCCAUCUUACUUCGCUUUAGAACACACCGCUAUGCUGUAACAGCAGAUGUCGCCAAAAUGUAUCGUCAAAUCUGCGUUUCCUUAAAACACGCCGAUUUACAACGCAUCGUAUGGCGUAGCCACCCAUCCCUGCCUAUCCAAGAUUUUCGCAUGGUUCGCGUGACGUACGGAGUGGCAGCUGCGUCUCAUCUAGCUGUUCGAUCACUUCAACAGACCGCAAGAGAUUCGUCGAAUGGUUGUGCUAGGGCUGUUGGUGUUAUUCUCAAGGAUUUUUACAUGGAUGAUCUACUUACUGGUGCAUCUAGUAAAGAAGAACUUCAAUUGUUGCAGCAAAAUAUUUCCGAAAUAUUGAGGGAAGGGGGGUUUGAACUUCGUAAGUGGGCAUCGAACUGCGCUGAACUAAUCGCAAGCAUUUCUAAUGCAUCUACGAACAUAUCACAUUAUAUUGUCGACGAUAAGGAUGUUCACGCUUUAGGUCUUAUCUGGAACACAGAAGGAGACUAUCUCACGUUUGCUAUUAACUUGAGGGAACCGCCAGUUAAGUUGACCAAGCGCAUGUUUCUAUCAGAUGCAAGUACGCUCUUCGAUCCUCUGGGCUUGCUUGCUCCCGCUACUAUAAAUUCAAAAAUUUGGUUUCAAGACAUAUGGCGCACUAAGGUAGGUUGGGAUGAUAUCAUUCCUGAGUCUAUCGCAACGAAGUGGUUGGAGCAUCGCAUAGAGCUCAAGCAAUUGGCACAUUUGAAGGUGAACCGUUGGUUUGGUACUGAAGUAGCUGGGUCAUUUACGCAAUUGCACGUAUUCGCAGACGCGUCCGAGCGCGCUUACGCCGCCGUCUUGUAUGCACGAACAACACAAAGCGACGGUAGCAUUACUGUGUCAUUAAUUUCGUCGAAAACCAAGGUAGCUCCGCUUAAGCCGACAACGUUGCCACGUCUUGAAUUAUGCGCCGCUCAUCUUGCUGCUAAACUAGUGCGAAGCGUGCUGCACUGCUGGUCUGAACUCCGUUAUCCGCUUUUCGCUUGGACUGAUUCUACUAUAACAUUGGCAUGGUUACAAGCUCACCCCAGCAGAUGGGUGACAUUUAUAGCCAACCGCGUAGCUGAUAUUCAAGAAGUUUUGCCUCCCGAAUGUUGGAACCACCGCUAA